AUGUUUAAUAUGCGGCUGUUCAGCCUUGUUGUGAUAGCCUUACGCAGCGUGACAGUCGUUGCUACCGUAAAACCAGUUUGGCAUCAAUCAACCACUAAUGGGCCUGAACAGACAUAUCCUGGAACAUAUUUGGUGAUCGCGCCUAAAGUGGUAAGGCCAAGUUUACCGUAUGCUGUUUCGGUAAAUAUACUCAAAAGUUCAGAAACUGAUCAUAUCGUAAGAGUUGAAAUACGAACUGCACAAAAUGAUACAGUGGGAGCUCGUGUUGUAAAUAAUGUUAAAACAGGAAUACCACAAACAAUAACAAUCGAUGAAUUAUCACCUGAAACUCUUCUACCUGGCCCGUCAUAUAAAGUAUAUGUAAGAGGCGAGACACUGAGUUCAAAGAUUUUAUUCGAAGAUGAGCAAGAUGUUCGUUUUGAUGAGAAAUCACUUUCCAUCUUCAUACAAACCGAUAAAGCAAUCUACAAGCCUGGAUCUGUCGUACGAUAUCGUGUAAUGGUGGUGACGCCUGAUUUAAAACCUUAUUCGGAAACUGUUUCUGUAAUGAUUAAAGAUCCAAAUCAAAAUAUUAUUAGUCAGAAAAAUGAUCAACCAUUGAUGAAAGGAGUGUAUUCAAAUGAAUUGGAACUAUCGGUGGAACCACCGCUUGGUGAUUGGCAAAUAAUGGUAAAAACAAAAAGUGGUAUUAAAUUUGAGAAAGAUUUUACGGUCGAUAAGUAUGUAUUGCCAAAAUUUGAAGUAAACGUGAAGACGCCAAAUUUUAUUACUGUCAACGAUGAUCUAAGCGUUCAUAUUGAUGCAAAAUAUACAUAUGGAAAAGGAGUAUCGGGUAAAGCAAAAGUAACUUUAGAAUUACCUUGGCAUCAUUUCGCGGUACCAUUAGUUGUUGCGGAUGAUGGAACUGUUCAAAAGGCAGAACAAGAGAAUGUUAUUGAAAGAACAGUGAAUUUGAAUAAUAUGGGAGAAGCAACGAUCGUUUUUACAAAUGAUGAAUUGAAAAAGCAUAAAUUAGUCACCGGAUAUGGUGGUAGUUCGGUGAGAAUUACUGCAACAGUGACCGAAGACUUGACCGAUAUUAAAAGAAAUGCUACCGCACAGAUUGUUGCUUAUCGACAUGAUGUUAAAUUGGAUAUGGAAAAACAGGGUGAAACAUUUAAACCAGGCCUCGGAUAUAAUGUUGUCAUUACGCUGAAACAAAUGGACAAUACACCUGUUAAAGCUACCAUACCUAAACGUGUACAGGUGACAACAUAUUAUAGCUAUCUUUAUGGAACCGAUUCCAUAACACAGCACGAAGAGAAAGAAAUGAAAAUUGUGGAUUUGGAUGCGCAUGGAACUGCGGUGAUUACGCUGCAACCGCCGAAUAAUUGCACCGAUGCGCGAAUUGAAGCGCAUUAUGACCGUUCCGGAAAAGAUGAUUUCAAAGAUGCGAGCAUUUAUUCAAUUCUUUAUAUUGAAGCAGGCAAAAGUCCAUCAAAUAAUUUUUUACAAUUAAUUGCCGAUAAUACCGGUGUUGUUGAUACAGGGAAAACACUCUCAUUUACUGUCAAAGCUACCGAACCAUUAUCUACAAUUACUUAUCAGGUAGUAGCUCGUGGAUCGGUAAUUCUCGUCCAGAACAUGUCAUUGAACGGUGACUUGGCAACAAUUACAUUCACAGCAACAUCACAAAUGGCACCGAAAGCGAUGUUGGUCGUAUAUACCGUUCGGACAUCAAAUCAGGAAAUUCUAGUCGAUGCUACCGAUUUCCGAGUUGAUGGCUUAUUCCGGAAUAAUGUCUCACUUACGGUCGAUCAUACUACAGCAGAACCGGGUAGUUCAGUAAAAUAUACUGUAAAAGCAGAUCCAAAAUCAUAUUGCGCCUUACUUGCUGUUGAUCAAAGUGUCUUACUUCUAAAAUCUGGCAAUGAUAUUACAAAAGAUUUGGUGGAAGAAGACGUAGAACAGUAUGAUACGACAGUUAUUGGACGUGAUUUCCGAUCGUGGGAAGCAGACGUUUUACGUCGAAAACGAUCCAUUUGGUAUCCAUGGUGGGGAAUCGGUGGCAGAGAUGCGGCAACGAUCUUUGAUAACUCAGGUUUGGUUGUUCUAACUGAUGCGCUUCUAUUUCGUGGAGAACCUAAUAUUUUAGUGCAUUACAAAAGUUGGCGACGAUUUCCAGCAAUCGCAUUUGGUGCUGCACGUUCUGUACUUAAAGUAGGUAUGGAUCAAAGGUUAUUGGCGCAAAAUUCCAUCUUAUCUGAUUUACCUAAAAUACGGAAAUUGUUUCCGGAAACAUGGGUUUGGAGCAACAUGCAGACUCGAGAUACCGGAGAAGCCGUCUUCGAAGCAGUUGUACCGGAUACAAUAACAUCUUGGGUUGCAAGCGCUUUCGCUAUCAAUGACGAGACUGGUCUUGGUGUUGCUCCAUCCACUUCAAAGCUAACAGUAUUUCGACCGUUUUUCAUUCGUAUCAAUCUACCGCACUCUGUGAAACGUGGUGAGAAAUUCGCCUUGCAAGUGUUAAUCUUCAAUUACAUGGAUAGUGAACAAGAUGUAAGGGUAACAUUGAAGGAUGGUGAUGAUGUUGGUUAUGAUUUUCUGCAGAAAGAUGGUAGUAUUAAAAAAUUUACAAGUAAAAAUAUGAAAAACAAGAAACAUAAUGUAAGAUUGAUAUCCAUACCGAGUGGUGGUGUAUCCAAAGCAGUUUACUUUCCUAUUGUACCAACAAAGAUUGGUGAUGUGAUGCUUUCCGUGACAGCGCAAUCUGCUAUAGCAGGUGAUGCGGUAGAACAGGUGCUACGAGUUGAGCCGGAGGGAUAUCGAGUGGACAGGAAUACUCUUAUAAUGCUUGAUUUGACACAAACAAACGGUACUGCUGAAAUUAAAAAGCAAAUAGAUAUGCAAUUUCCAAUGGAUGCCGUAGAAGGAUCUCGAAAGGCACGAUUCGACGUCAUAGGUGAUUUGUUAGGUUCAGCUCUCGCUAAUAUCGAUUCUCUCAUACGUAUGCCAUAUGGUUGUGGUGAACAGAAUAUGAUCAAUUUUGUACCAAACAUUGCUGUACUUCAUUAUUUAAAAGUGACCAAACAAGCAGGAACUCAAAUUGAAAACAAAGCAAAAAAGUAUAUGGAAUCGGGAUAUCAACGGGAACUUACUUAUCGGAGAGAUGACCAUUCAUUCUCAGCGUUUGGUCAAAGCGAUAAGCAUGGAUCAACAUGGCUUACGGCAUUUGUUGUUCGAUCUUUCAAGCAAGCCCAACAAUUCAUCUUUGUCGAUGAGCAAAUCCUUCAAAAGUCGAUUGCAUUCCUGAACGCUCAACAGCAGCAGGAAAAUGGUGCAUUUGCGGAACGUGGUGAAGUUCACCAUAAAGCAAUGCAAGGUGGUGCAGCUGAAGGUGGCGUACCAUUAACCGCUUAUGUUUAUGCUGCACUUCUCGAAAAUGGGGUUCGAGAUGGAAAAGCACAGCACUAUUUGGAACAGCAUCUGGAGGAAGUCAAGAAUGAUCCAUAUGCAUUAGCAAUUGUCACCUACGUGUUUCACUUAGCUGAUAGUACCAAAAAAGAGGAAGCACUGAGAAUGCUCGAAUCUCAUAAGAAGGAAAACACCGAUGGUAUUUAUUGGUCUAUGAAAGUUGGUCAGGAAAAGCCGAAAGAUACACAACAUUAUUUCUAUCAGCCAAAACCGGUGGAUGUUGAGAUGACAGCUUAUGUUUUACUUACUUAUGUAUUAAGAGAUGAUAUUGAUAAAGCUCAUCCGGUGGUGAGAUGGCUUACAUCACAACGAAAUGCAUAUGGCGGUUUUAGUAGUACGCAGGAUACAAUAAUGGCAUUACAAGCUUUGGCUGCUUAUGCAGCUAAAAUUUAUUCUCCACAACUCAAUGUUAGCAUCAUGAUAAUAAAUGGUGCUAAUAAGCAAAAUUUCGAAAUAACAGCUGAUAAUGCUAUGGUACUACAAAGUUAUCAGCUAGCAAAUUUGGAUCAAGGAUUAGAGCUGGAAGCUAAAGGUAAUGGUAUCGUUCUUGCACAACUACAGUAUUCAUAUCAUCGUACCACAAUGAGAGAUGAUCUUCCGUUCUAUUGUACAAAAGAAGUUCGUGAAUUGCACAGUGGCAAUCGAUUACAGCUUGACCUCUGUUGCAACUACACUAAACCGGAUUCACGUUCCAACAUGGCAGUUGCUGAAGUAGACGCUUUAUCCGGAUUUCGUUUUGACGGUGAUCAACUUGGCAAUCUUAUGGACAUUGGCGAUUUGCAGAGAGCUGAAUUGGAUAACGAGGAUACUCGGAUGAAUUUAUACUUCAAUCCUAUCGGUUCAACACCGAUAUGUCUGUCAUUAUACAGUGAUAUGGUUUAUCAGAUAUCAGAACAAAAACCGGCACAAGUUGUACUCUUCGACUAUUAUGACCCUGAACAACAGAUAAAAACGACCUAUACGGCCAAGCAGACGAAAUCGUUGCAGGAUGCUUGUCCAGAAUGUUGGCCAAUGGCUGACUUUAACGAAAAGAAUUCAG